AUGGAGGCAGAGUAUGUAGCAAUUUGGGAAGCUGCCAAAGAAGUUGUAUGGCUUAAGGAAUUUUUUACUGAUUUGGAAGUUGUUCCAGACAUGUCAAAGCCUAUCACCCUUUACUGUGCUUCUGUUGACAUUAUUUAUGAUCUUAAAAUUCACUUGAGUACUACUUUUAAGAAGGAUUUGGGGGAUCUUUGUCACUUCUUGGGGCGUGAACUUGCACGUUUUUCUCAAGAUACCAGUCUUUUGGCUUGUAAACCUUCAAAUUGUCCCAUGGAUCCUAAUUUGCACUUGUCUCUUGGUGAUAGUCCUUUAUUAAAAGGUCCAAUUGCUUAUCGGUGUUUGAUUGACAAACUUUUAUAUCUCACUAUCUCCAAACCUGAUAUUGUUUUUGUCAAGGGAUUCUUCUUCGCCUUUGUACUAAUUUUCAACUUUAAGGCUUGUUCAAAUUCUGAUUGGGCAUCUUACAUGGAUUCUUGUAAGUCCACAACUGGUUUUUGUGUGUUCAUGAGUGAUUCCCUUGUAUUUUGGAUGGCUAAGAAACAAAUGACUGUCUUUAGAUCAUCAAUUGAAGCUGAAUACAAGGUUCAUGGUGCUACUACUUGUGAAAUUAUUCGGAUUUCCUAA